AUGCUCAAUAUUCUAAUUUUAUCUCAACGACCUCUUCGUUCAAAUACAUGUGCUCUAAUCUUGCUUGCUUCGUCAAUAGCUGGUACAAUCACCAUUCUAUCGGGUCUUACUUCUCGAAUAAUGUCUAAUUGGAAUGCUGAUAUAUCAGCUUCUGUUAGAUGGAUUUGCAAAUUUCGUGGUUUCGUUUUAUUCGCAUUUCGAUCAUUAACGUUUUGGUUACUUAUGUUAGCUACUAUUGAUCGAUGGCUUAUAUCAUCUACUAAUGUACAUUUUCGACAUUCAAGUUCAUAUAAAAAUGUUUUACGCAGUAUUUUUCUCUUAACACUUUUAUCGUUAAUUUUUCAUUGUCAACUUCUUUAUUGUUAUGAACCAGAUUUGAAUAAUACACCUCUAAAAUGUUUCAAUAAAAAUACAAUAUGUCGAUUAAUAAAUGAUUUAUCAUUUGCUAUUAUUACGAUUCUUUUACCUCUUAUAUUAAUUUCAAUAUUUGGUUGGAUGACUAUCUCAAAUAUUCGUUCAAGUCAAAAUCGUAUUAAACCUGCUAUUAGACUUAAUGUGGUAGGUGGUCGUUUGGAAUUAGACAGUCAUCAUCAACGACGACGAUUUAAAAAAAUAGAUCAUCAUCUUUUUAUUAUGCUUUUCAUUCAAGUAAUUCUAUUUUCUCUUCUAACUUUUCCUGUAGCUAUUCAAAAACUUUAUGCAACAUUAACGAUGAAUAUUGAAAAAUCUCAAUUAAAAAUGACGAUUGAAGAUUUUGUUUAUCAAGUUGCUCUUCUUAUGACUUAUUUUGCAUUCGGAAUGCAAUUUUAUGUUAAUACUUUAAGUGGUGGAAAUGUUUUUCGAAAAACUUUGAUGAAUUUUCGACAAUUUAUCAUUCGAAAAAUGAUUUGUCGAUAA